AUGCUGAACAAUGCAACCCGUAUGGCAGUUGGUAUGUCAGGCCAACCUUAUGCAUCAGAUGCACGGGAUAACAUGAGGGCUCUAAAUCGCUGGGGAUACUAUCCACUGAUUCUAAUAGGAUCAUGGGCUUUUGGAACCAUUAACCGUAUUCAUGAUUUCUUUGAACCCAACCAUAAGAUCUUCUGGCUCUCAUUUCUAGAUGUCGGAAUGGCUUCUCUUAUGGGCCUCUUUAAUUCAAUUGCAUAUGGCCUUAAUUCUUCUGUUCGUCGAGCAAUUUGUGAAAGAGUGGACAAGUAUUGGCCUGAGGGUCUUAAGAGAUGGCUCCCUAUCAAUUUCAAGUACAAGGCCUUAACGCAAGAAAGUGAACUAGUAUUGUUAAGUACUGAUGGUCAGCGAUAA